AUGGCGGCUGGCAGGCAGCAGGGUGAGGCGACGUGGGAGGCACCCCUGCGGCAAGGCGGACACGAGGCAGGACAAAAUAACAGGCCGCGCUGUUGCAAAGCGAUGAGCAAACCAGGAUGUGUUCUGACCGCGCAAUGCUUGUCGUGCAGUACCCUCUGCGUGAGGUCUCCCACGAAAGACCGAAUAUGCUCUCCUCCCUCUGCCCUGCGUAGUCUCAGCCAGCCGUCCUUGAGCCCUGAGGCAAACCGAGCUCUGCGUCGACCCGAACUGCGGCCAGAAGGGGAGACGCCACGGCCGCCUGGCUUCGAAACGCGCCUUCGCACGUUCCCCAGCGGGGGCAGCAGUGCAAGACAGGGGGCUACUAUCCCCCUGCGCCCCGCCGGCGUCCCCAGUGCUCCUUAUGGGCGCUGCCAGGCGGAGGGCUCUGCGAACAGGGCUCGUGAGACAGGCAAACAGCGCGGCCGGGAUAAUGGACUUCCGACCAGAAAUUCAGAGUAUUUCUUCUGCACACACCCUGAUCAGCCAUGUGUGAAGCAGCUAGUGGUGGCCAGACGCAGAGAGGACUACCGAUUAGGUGAACAGCGGGAUGGAUCUCAUAUGGAAACGCAUCAUAUCAGGAGCAACAAACUUGCUAUUAUUCUUCCAGCAGAAGAAGGAUCAGACGUUCGUGCGAACCGAAGUGUGUCCCUCCUCCUCAGCCCCACGCUCUCCCUCCCGGCUCGGAACAUAGAGCACAAAGCUGCUUUAAAUGACCCUGGCACUGCAGUGAGCUCCUCUGGUUUUGAGUGUGAAGACAGCGGGAAGGAAAGCGACAUACAACCAAUCUACGUUCCAUUUCUCAUUGUCGGAUCGAUAUUUAUUGCCUUCAUUAUUGUGGGCUCUUUGGUAGCUGUUUAUUGUUGCACAUGCUUAAGACCUAAACAACCAUCGCAGCCCAUACGAUUUUCUCUUCGGAGCUAUCAGACCGAGACCCUUCCCAUGAUCCUGGCCUCGACGAGCUUCAGGACGCCGUCGAGACAGUCCAGUACCGCCACGAGUUCCAGCUCCGCCGGCGGCUCGGUUCGCAGGUUCUCCUUCGCCCGGGCAGAGCCGGGAGGCCUGGUGGCGUCCUCACCUCCGCCCUACACAUCUGGCUGCUUCCAGGCAGCCCAUUCUGUGCACCUGCCUCAGCCGCCGGGGUUUCUGGUGUCACCCCCGUACUUCGGGUACCCUCUCCAGCCAGAGCCUGCCCUAGCCAGCAAGAGCUGCUCUGAUUUUAGUCAGAGCUGAAAGGCGUUAUCAAGAAACCGUGCUGCCCUAGGAAGUGCAAGGACCGCUGCUGGGCAUGUUUCGCGCUAACGUGCUCCGUGACUGUGGGAGUCAGAACAGUUCGAGUGGGUGAGUCGCCCUUGAAAAGCGCAAGAUCUCAUAGAAUCAGCCUUGUACGAAGAAACAUUUAGUUUACUGGCCCAAACGUGGAAUUACAAUUACUAUUCACAAUUACAAAUGAGUAUUACAAGCUUAAUUGCUUUAAAAACUGACUGCUCUGAUAGUUUGGUCUAAUUUAUGCAGAACAUAUUCAGAGACAGGUAGAAAAACUGUUUUGGGAUAAAAGUAUUCAUUUCAUAGUGUCAUAAACAAUAUUUUAACCCUAAAUGAUAUUAACUUAGUUAACAAAGUGGCUGCAUUGGGCACAUCUAAUUGUCAGAGUAGUUCUGUAAAGCAGCAAUACGACUGAGGAAGUAAGAGAGAAGACUUGCUAAAAUGAAGAGCUUGAGCAUCCUAAAAACAGCUGACUGCUUCCCACACCCAUGAGCAAUGAAAAUAUGAGGAAGUGCAUUACUAUAGAUAUCCAAGUGUGUGAGUUUUUUUAAUGCACAUACUAUAUGUGAAAUUACACUGCAUAAUUUUAUUAGUAAACUACUAGUAAGGAAGAUAAAAAUAUUUUAGUAUUAGUUAGACUAGUUGAAAACAUGCCGAUCCCAAGCAGCCAAAUAAUUAUAUAUGGGAAAAGCAGAAUGUAUUCAAUAAUAACUUCUCAGCAUAAA